AUGGCGGCUAUUGAAGAGUUACCUUCUUCCAUUCCUCAGCCUUCUUCCAAGUUACUAAUUAGUUGCAUUUUUUAUUCUGUUGAGCAGGAAAAAGUGUUUCUUUCAACGGCUGAUAUGAUGGAAAAGGGUUUAGGAAGAUUUGGUUGGUUAGGAUUUGUUCAAUGCAUUCUUGUUUCAUUUGCAAUGUUCUUUGAUGCACAGCAAUCGUUCAUAGCCAUCUACACCGACGAUUACCCGACUUGGCAUUGCACGAAUUCAACAAUGUGUAACUCGGAUUCUAAUAUCUGUAACAUCCCUAAAUCUUCGUGGUCAUGGGAUGGACCGUCACACAAAACAGUGAUAUCUCAUUGGAAUCUUGAAUGUGCCAGUAGCUUCGUUACUGGUUUACCGCAGUCUAUGUUCUUUAUUGGCUGCCUUUUAGGUUCAAUUCUUCUUGCAACUUUAGCGGAUACUUCACUUGGAAGAAAGAACACGCUUGUUUUGUCUGGUUUAUCAAUGUCUAUAGUUUCAACUCUCAUAGUUUUCUCUACCAAUAUUUGGAUCUACUCUGCUUUUAAAUUCGUGAUUGGCUUUUUGCGUUCGUCAAUCGGAACUUGUGUUCUAGUUUUGGUCCCUGAGAAAGUUAGUACUGAGUGGAGGUUCACUGUUGGUAUUGUCAUAUAUCUCUGCUUUACAUUUGGGUAUAUGUCACUACCUGCUAUAGCUUAUGUCAAUAGAUUUAAUUCAUGGAGAUCGGUUUAUAUCUGGACGUCGGUUCCUGCUAUUUGUUACUUGGUUAUUGCUUAUAUCUUUGUUACCGAGUCUCCAAGGUGGCUUCUAAUGCAAGGAAGACAUCAAGAAGCUAUGGCAAUGCUUACCGGAGUUUCUUCAUUAGAGAAUGGUAAUGAUUUGACAUUAGCUUUAAUAGAAGCUCCGGUGAGUAAACAAAAGGCUUCGUUUUUCCAACUCUACUCAUCGAUAGCCGAGUUGUUUGGGAGAGGUUGGGCUUUAAAGAGAAUGGUCAUAAUAAUGGUGCUUGGUAUUGGAAUUGGAAUGGUGUAUUUUGGUAUGUCAUUAGCAGUUGGGAACUUAGGAUUCGACAUUUACUUGGCGGUUGUGUUCAAUGCCUUAAUGCAAAUAAUGGCUUGCGUGGCUACGUAUUUCUUGGGGAAUCUCCGAAGAAAACGGUCAAUUCUUGUAUUCUCAGUAGCUAGUGGCAUAAGCUGUAUAAUGUGUGUCGUUGUUGGAUCGGGAAUACAAGAAAUUAGAGUCGGAUUAGCCAUGGUAUCGUUUUUCUGUGCUUGCAUAGCUUAUAAUGUGUUUCUCGUUUACAUUAUUGAGCUAUUUCCAACAACUGUGAGGAACACUACAACGUCAUUGGUGAGACAGUCUAUUGUUUUUGGUAACAUUUUCACUCCCUUUUUGAUAUCUGCUGGGAGGAAAAACGACAUUUUCUCUUACGGCGUGUUUGGAGUAGUUAUCAUGUUGUCGUGUUUUACGUUGCUUAUUUUGCCGGAGACAAGAGGAUUAGCUCUUUGCGAUACCAUGGAUCAACAAGAGAUAAAAGAUGAUAUGUCGGUAUAA